AUGGACCAAAUAAAUGAAGGUAGGAUUAUAGGAAAAGGGUGCGCUUCGCCGAAAUGGGAUAAAUUUAAGAUUCCAUGGAGAGUUAUAUCUAAAAGAUUCGGCGGUGGCAAGCACACCCUUUUAAAGAAAGAUGAUGCACCGGAUGGUGAAAGGUAUGUGAAAGAUGGAGAGGAAGAAUGUGAGGCUAGGUUUCUUGCGAGAUAUGAUUCGCAAGAAGGUUGCAGCAAGGCCUUUGACGGGGAGAAGAAGGCCGCGAUUAUUGAGACCCUUAUUGGAGAAGGGAGAGAGAAUGCCAGACCAAAGUGGGUAAAGUUUAAAAAGCCAUGGACGGCGAUUUUUAAUAGGUUCGGCAAUGGGCCGAACCUCAAAAAGAAGAUAAAACUAGCGAAACAAGGAAAAGAUGAUAUUGACGACGCAAUUCUCUCUGGGUGUGUUUCACCGGGAGGAUGUAAAAAGGCAUAUUACAAGUACCUAGUUAAAUCAAACAAUUAUAUUAUAAUGUUAAAAAAAGAUGACCAGAAGUUAAUUGUGCGGAGGAAACACACCCAUGAAAAGACUCAAUGUACCCCUCCUAAAUUUGAAAGGUUCCGCCAACCUUGGAAAGCCUUAAAAAAUUGGGCCUGCCGUAAUAAGGGCCAAGAGAAAAUAUGGGAUAUUGAUGAAGGGACAUCGAAAGAUAAUAGAAUUAUCUCUGUUAGUAAUGACGUAACCAAUACCGGAGAGGUUGAAAAUUGUAUAACAACAAAGGCCAAGCAAUUAAACAUUUAUGAUUUUAAUUUAAUUUCAACGAUUGGAAGAGGUGCCUACGGCAUAGUUUUUCUCGCCGAGCAAAUAGACACCCGGCAACAAUAUGCCUUAAAAGUCAUAAACAGACAAAUUAUUGACGGUAUCGAGAAUAACGAUUCUCUAGAUAUAAUACAAACAGAAAGGCGGGUCCUCCAAACCGCCACGGAUCAUCCCUACAUAUUUGUUUUGGAGUAUGUAAACGGAGAGAGCAUCCGCCUCAAAUUAGAGAGACAGGGAAAGCUCUCCGAAGAGCUUGUAAAAUUCUAUUCAGCUGAAGUAAUCCUGGCAGUGAUUCAUUUACAUUGCCAAGGCAUCCUCCAUAGGGACAUUAAAGUUGAUAAUAUAUUAAUAGACGGGGAAGGCCAUGUUAGGCUAGCAGACUAUGGCAUGUGCAAGGAAGGCAUUCGGAUGGGUAUGACAACAAACACCAGUUGUGGGACACCUUUAUACGUAGCUCCAGAAAUUUUACGGGGUGAUGAUUAUAGUUUUGGAGUUGACUGGUGGUCUUUGGGAAUAACUAUGUACGAGAUGCUUACAGGCCUAACACCUUUUGACGGCAUGAAGGAUAAUAGGGAAGAGCUCUUCAAAGCUAUCCUUGAAGACCCAAUUUCUAUUCCAGAACACGUAUCAGUUAACGCCACCUCAAUUCUAACAGGAUUCUUAAACAAAGAUCCUAGAGAACGACUGGGGUGGCAUCCAUCAAAUGGAUUUUAUCAAAUUCUAUUCCAUAAAUAUUUCCAAACCGUAGAAUGGAAUUUAGUAAUAAUAUGA